AGUGGGUAUCCGUCGGCUCAAGUCAGAGCGGUUACUAGCGUUAGUCUGAUCGCGAGCUGCCUUGCUGGGAUCCCUGGGAUCGCCACCGUGCCGUCGCUUUCAGCAGCUCAGCGAUCUCUUCCUUCAAGUCCGUGUUCAAGCUUCUGUGCAGCGAAAAGGCGGCCCUGGGCUGAGAGAGCCCCAUCACGAACGCUGCACCGUUGCGAUUUGCCCAGCCAAGCAGGACACAAGCUUGUGCCGCGCACGUCCUGCGGCUCUUAUCCUGCAUGUCGGCAACCCGGCUCCUCAGGGCGGGGCGGCCGCUCCGCCGGUCCCUGACCGCUCUCGACAAACCCUGCGCCGCCGGCCGGCAACCUUUCGCCACUUCAUCGGCCCGGCGCGCCGGUCCCGGCGCCGGCAGCGGCCAGAGCGCUCGGGCUUCCUCAGCAACUUGGUCCCUGUCGAGUGUCCUCUCUGUUGCCGCAGUGGCCAGCUUCCUGGGAUGGAGUGUGUCCGAAUUCCAACACCGGGGGUUUCCCGGUGCUUUUCUGCUUGAUGGCGCAUUCCCGGCAUCGCGAUAUGCGAGCAUGCGUGAGAUGGAACAGGCUCUCCGGGAGAUCCGGCAAGAAAUCGAGGGCGAAGAUAUCAUCUCUACUGAUCCCGACGACCUGCACGCCCAUGGAUAUUCGGAGUGGUCAACCACGAACCCAGAAGGGUUGCCUGUUGCAGUGGCCUAUCCACGCUCAACGGAGCAAGUGUCCACCAUCGCGCGCAUUUGCCACAAGUACCGCGUGCCGAUCAUCCCCUACUCGGGCGGCUCGAGUCUCGAGGGGAACUUCUCGGCGCCCUUCGGCGGCAUCAGCGUCGACUUUGCCUACAUGGACAAGAUAGUUCAGUUGAACAAGGACGACAUGGACGUUGUGGUGCAACCGAGCAUCGGUUGGCAGGACCUCAACGAGCAGCUCGCCAAGAUGGGCAGUGGCCUGUUCUUCCCCAUUGACCCUGGCCCGAGUGCCAAGAUUGGCGGUAUGAUCGGAACCAACUGCUCGGGUACUAACGCGGUCAAGUACGGAACGAUGAAGGACUGGGUCAUCAACCUGACGGUCGUUCUGGCCGACGGCACCGUCAUCAAGACGAGACGGCGGCCUCGCAAGUCUUCAGCCGGCUACAAUCUCAACGGCCUAUUUGUUGGUUCCGAAGGCACCCUGGGGCUGGUGACGGAGGCGACGCUCAAACUCGCCGUCAUCCCGGAGGAGGUCUCCGUGGCCGUUGUGACGUUCCCCUCAAUUCGGGACGCUGCGGCUGCUGCCACCGAGGUGAUGCAGAGGGGCAUUCCCGUGGCGGCGAUGGAGAUCAUGGAUGAGGUCCAGAUGAAGGUUGUCAACAUGGGAGGCGCAACUGCACCGAGGGUCUGGAAGGAGAUGCCGACACUCUUUUUCAAGUUCUCAGGCACCAAAGCUGGCGUGAAAGAGCAGAUCCGCCUCGUGCAAAAGAUCACCAAGGCCAACAAGGGGAGCAACUUUGAGUUUGCCAAGGACGAGAGGGAACAAAAGCUUCUUUGGUCCGCCCGAAAAGAGUCUCUCUGGUCCAUGCUCGCCUUGCGCAAGGAGGGGGAAGAAGUUUGGAGUACCGAUGUGGCAGUGCCUUUCAGCAGGCUAGCCGACAUCAUUGAGGUUAGCAAGAAAGAGAUGGACGACCUGGGCCUGUUUGCCAGCAUCCUCGGCCACAUUGGGGACGGCAACUUCCACGAGAGCAUCAUCUACAACGGACGGGACAAGGCUGAGAGGGACAGGGUCGAAGCAUGUGUGAAGAACAUGGUUAAGAGGGCGCUGGAGAUGGAGGGCACCUGCACUGGCGAGCAUUCGAUCGGCUGGGGCAAGAAGGAGUCACUUGUCUGGGAGGUUGGACACGAUACGUUGGGAGUCAUGAAAGCUAUCAAGUCUGCAUUGGAUCCACACUGGAUAAUGAAUCCCGGCAAGAUCUUUGAUCGGCAAGGAUGAAGGGACAACAGGGCGGGCCCUGGCAUUCAGGGCAGCAACACAACUCUGCAUGAGAGCAUCUACACAGCAUCGGGCAACCACAUAUGGAGCAUCAUGGCAACAGCAUCACUGGCGAGCAUGUGGGAUGGGCAUGGAGCGUGCAUGGCCGAGCGAGCGACCC